AUGUCAGAUAAGGGAGACGAAGGUGUGGAGCUCAUCAAUCCUAGGGAACAGACUGCGUUGGAAGAUGAUUGGACAAAUAUUAGUGAUCCGAGGGAGAGAAGGAAAGUUCAGAAUCGGCUGGCGCAGCGAGCAUACAGUAAGUCCAGAACAGGCAGUUUCUUCGUAAGAAAGGAAAAGAAGGAGAAGGGCAACCUUUUGAGUUAACCACGAUCAAACGCGAAAUCAUCCAGGACAGCGAAGAGCUCGUGAGCAUAACUUGAAAAUCAAAUUCUUUCAUCCGGCCAAAAAGGGCUCAGCGAGCAAAGGUUCAGCUUCGGGGGGCGCCUUCCACAGUCACCCAGCUGAGGUUGGAGACUCUCUUGGUAUGCUACAAUCUGAGAACACCCAUUCCAUCUAUCACCCACAUACAUACCUACAUUUGAGGUUAUUAUGGGGAAAGUUCGGCCGAAUAUUAGGCACUUUCUGCCUGAGGAGGACCCCUUUCCCUUUAGAAAGUCGAUCUCGGUUUCUCCCUCCGAGUGGAGUUUGCUAACGGUGUGUUUCUGGCGUACAGGGGCCAAUUUGGUCGUUGGGAAUUCACCACCAGGGGAUACUGAACCUGCCGGAGAAGCCUCGAAGCCAAAGCAAGAAAAGGGCAACGCCAUCGCAGGACCCACGGAUACGACUGAUAGAAUAACAGGCGUCGCUGUCCCCAACUUCUACAUGAACACGGGUUUCGUAGAUUUGCUCAUGGAGGAGGCCACCGACCGUGUAGUCCCGGACACCAAAGAGGCGACGAUAGCACCAGACCACCACCUGAUCGAUCUCCUCUACUACAACGUCCACCGCGCUUUCGAGUCCAAUAUCAGGACACUCGGCCUUACCAUCCAGGAGAUGGCACAACUCGACUUAAUCUCCAACUUCAACAGCAUCACCCUGGAGGACGGCGUCCUGGAGACCCUUGGGAGCGUGGAAGCGACCCCCCUUCUGAUCCCCCAGACGAUGCACCUCCCGCCCACCCUCCGUCCAACGCUCCUGCAGGUCUCGAUCAUCCACCACCCUUGGAUCGACGUUUUCCCGUCUGCGAGAUUGAGGGAGAAUCUCCUGCGCGCCGGCCGCUCGUAUGACCCGGACCAACUCUGUCUGUCCAUCACGGGGUCUGGGAAGAGUCUGGGGGACAGUGGUGUCCUCGUGUGGGGUGAGCCCUGGGAUCCGUAUAACUGGGAGGUUACCGAGAAUCUGGCGUACGGGUGGGCCUGGAUGUUUGAGGGUUGUGCCGACAUCAUUCACUCUACGAAUACGUGGAGAUCAAAACGUGGUCUUCUGCCGUUGGACUUGAAGGUCUUCCACCUAGACAGCUAA